AUGGAGCAAAGUGGAGUGCCAAACCGAUCUUCGGAAGAACAGGAAACUGACAAUGUAGAGCAAUGUGAGAACCCAAAACACGCCACAUGGAAGCGCUUCAUAGGCAAGGUUGGGAUAGACAUACCUAUCUUAAUCGUUAUGUUCAAAGGUUCAAUCCCUCCCAUAAUCGGCAUAGCCAUGUACCAAUCAGCGGCGAUAUCUUCCUACUUCACAACACAGGGCUAUUUAAUCCCAAUUAUUUCUGUGCUUGCCGUUGCAAUCUUACCGCGCGGCAGAUUUAUUCAGAAUCUCAUUCUCAGCCUCUUUCUUAUAUGCGUUGGUUCAGCCGUCUCUCUGCUCAUCAUUUGGUCCUCCAUUCAAGCGCGCAAUCAUACCUCUACCACUUCUCCCCAGGAUAUUGCUAUGAACCCACCACCUUAUAACUCAUCUCAGUCAGCAGUCUGCGCAAUAUGGCUGUUUGUGAAUAUCUGGCUCGCAAACUUCAUGCGCGCAAAGUUACCUAGCUUCAACCUGCCUGUGGUCAUCUAUAGCAUCUUGGUCAAUACCAGCGCGACCGCCGGUCCUACAAUAGUCACGACUGCGGAGGCAGAGGCCUUUGUCAAAGAGUUGCUUCUUGCAAUGUUAUUUGGCAUGGGGCUAGCGACAGGGGUAUCGCUCUUCGUAUUCCCCAUCACCAGUCGUAUGGUAGUAAUGGGAGAGCUCAAGGGCCUCAUUGGACUACUGAGAAAAGAUAUUGAACUACAAGAGAAAUAUCUUGCAAGUCUAGCCAAGAAUGGUAUGUCUGCCUUUGAAACCAUAAAUGGCAAGGAGCGAGAUGCGUCGCAGGAAAAAUUGAGCCCAAAGGAAAAGAAGAGGGCAAAAGUGAGGAGAGGGAAUGCAAAAUGCAUUACCAAAGAAGCAAAAGCGGCCAAAGAAUUGGAAGAGACUCUAGGUGCGAUAAAAGUUUCGACUGCCAAGAUGCAUGGAGACAUGACUUUUGCGAAAAGAGACAUAGCCUGGGGAAAACUCGAUGCAAAGGAUCUAAGCCAGGCAUUUACAUUGAUCCAAAACGUCAUGAUACCAAUAGUAGCGAUAGGCUCUGUCAUGGAUAUCCUCCGGCGAGUUGUCCAUCAUGGAGGGCUCAGUGGAAAAGGUGAAGCAGCAGCAGAAAACAAUUGGGAGAAGCAAGUGUGGUACGACGCCAUGGAGCAAAUGCACUCACCAUUCCAGAUACUCGCCGAAAUAGCUGAUCAAGGACUUGAGCAUGCCGCCAUCUGCUUGGAGGUUUUCCCCAGAACUAGAGACUCCAAGCAGCCAGCGAAAAACAGGCCAGACGUUGUCGAUGUGGAGGCCAAUGGUGACCAGGUAAACCCCGGCGAGGAAGGGUUCGGUAGCCUAUUGGAUGAGAAAAUCCGGAAAUUUAGCUUGCAAAAAGGCAAUAUCGCUCAAGCUUGGGUCAGGGAGCGGCCGCUGAUGCCGGAUGAAGCAAAAUCUAGCGAACUGCAUUCCCUGAAGGCAGGACAGAGUAACCAGGCUCCUCUCUACGUGUUAUUGUACAUGGAGCAACUAAUGCUUGCCGCCGGGGAGGCUAUCCGAGAUCUGGUCAACUUUGCUGACAAGAAAGUCGAAGAUGGUACGAUGAGCCAUAAGUGCAUAAUCCUCCCUUCCGAAUCCCAGUUGUGGAAGUGGCUGGUCAGUGUCUUCAAAAACCAAGACCCAAGCGUAAAGCAGAGUUCGGAUAUCAUGGAGGCGGGCUAUAUCUACUACGCAGAUGGCUAUGACCCAAAGAAGGACCCGGAGCAUCUUCCUCCAACUAGCGUCUGGCAAUAUCUAGGCAACGAACUUCGAAAGAUGUCGGCUGGCUUAGGAUCUAAGGAGUCGGUUUUUGGGUUUCGAGUCGCUUGUGCUGCUAUGACCGUUGGUAUCUUGGCAUUCUUGGAGAAAACUCAGAAAUUCUACCAAGAUCAGAGACUGUCUUGGGCGAUUUUCACCAUUGCCCUAGGAAUGACGAUAACCACUGGUCAGUCAAUAUUUGGUUUCCUCUGUCGAAUAGGCGGUACGUGUUUAGCAAUGAUUUUCUCAAUCGCCAUCUGGUAUAUCGUCGACCAGAAAACACCCGGCGUUAUUGUCUUCUUGUGGUUGUUCAUCUUCGUUGAAUACUACUUUAUCAAAUUUCCACGAUUCAUUUCAGCUGUCAUGAUUACCAUUAUCACCCAAAUCAUUAUCAUUGGCUACGAGCUACAAGUCCGACAAAUUGGAAAAGCUGUUGCUACUAGCACGGGACAGCCGUAUUACCCCGUCAUAACUUCCACUAUAAGAUCCCAGGCGGAGGAUACGGGAGGAAACAUCAACUCGAAGGCAUCGCCAGCCUACUUCCUUUGGAAUGCUCGGCGUAAGAUAUUCGGUAAAGCAGUGCAUCUCAUGUCCUCUAUGAGAUCACAUAUUGAGUGGCAGCGGUGGGAACUAAACAUGGGUGGUCGUUUCCCUAUUGAGACGUAUAGAGAGAUGAUGAUGCAUUGCUCGCACAUCUUGACAUAUCUGACACUUAUGAGCUACGCCAUAACACACCCGCCACGAAUACUCGACAGAGGGGAUGCUGGAGACGGAAUAAGUGGUGCUUCCUACUCCGAAGCAAACACACAAGAUAUGCGCUGGAGGCGAGCUCUUGCAGAGGCGUUGCCGGGAGUAGAACCGGUUCAUCAUACCAUCAUGUCGACUUUGACUUUGUUGUCGGGCUCGAUGUUUUCAGGGCGAAGUUUGCCACCCACACUGCCGCUUCCUAGGCCUUAUGACAUGAUGCGACGAUUGGUACUGGACACUGAAUCUGAUGACGAUGAUGUGCCGCAUUUUCGGGAUUCUUGGGGUGGACAUGUGCACCCUGAACUGACUACCAUCGACUUACGCCCAGGAACCUCAGAAGAUGUGGGAGAGAAACGAGAGCCAGAUACGACUGUUGCCAGUAAAUUGAGGGUUUUGGACUCCCAUAAUCCGAAGCUCCACUCUUAUGCAGAAUUUGUCGUAAUGCAAGUGUGCAGCACUCUCGUGUGCAAUGAUCUGGAGGGACUGGCGCGGGCAGUGAGCCGGCUAGUGGGAGUCGUAGACUUUGGUUUCCGCGUCGAUGCUAGCGGUGUGGAUAAUAGAAUAGGGGAUAACUCGUCAUCACGGGUAAGAAGACGGGGAUAA